AUGAAGGAGGAGAGGAGGAAAAAGCGUGGGCCCCUCAGGCAGCCUCCCAGCAGGGAGAAGCCCUUCAGGUGCUUGGAAUGUGGGAAGAGCUUCAGGAAGAGCUCCAACCUGAUCCAACACCAGCACAUCCACACUGGGGCACGGCCCUACUCAUGUAAGGAAUGUGGGAAGAGGUUUCAGAGCAGAUCACAUCUCCUCAUUCAUGAGAAGACACACACAGGGGAGAGACCCUUCCUCUGCACUGACUGCGGGAAGGGCUUCAAGCUGAACUCCCACCUUGUCACCCACCGGCGCAUCCACACCGAGGAGAGGCCCUACAAGUGUGGGGAGUGUGGGAAGAGCUUCGACCAGAUCUGCACCUUGAUGCGACAUCAGAACAUCCACACUGGGGAACGACACUACAAGUGCUUGGAAUGUGGGAAGAGGUUUAGGGACAGCUCAGAUCUCCUCAGACAUGAGCUGAUACACACAGGGGAGAGGCCCUUCCGCUGCACCGACUGCGGGAAGGGCUUCAACCAGAACUCCACCCUUGUCAGCCACCAGCGCAUCCACACCGGGGAGAGGCCCUACAAGUGUAGGGAGUGUGAGAAGAGCUUCACCCACAGCUCCCACCUGACCAGACACCAACGGACCCACCGGUAAGGGAAGCCCUAGGAGUGCCCCGACUGCGGGAAGAGCUUCGGCUGCUGCUCCCACCCUGAAUGACCCCCUGAUGGUGAGGCAACCCCUGGAGUCCAGUGACUGUCAGUCCAUCCCUUUCCACCAGAAAGGGCCAGUCCCCUUUGCCAGGGGCAGGUUGUGCCAACAGAUCCCUUCUUGGGGGGUGUGUGGAGAUUCCUGCCUUGGCUGGGUCCCCCCAAGGUCAGUGCUGGAGGUUGAGAGCAGAGAUCUCCCCACGAGCGUUGGUCUGGGGGAGUUCCAUCCCUGUCUAAUUCUUAAUUCUUUCUUUGGUGCCAGCUUGAGUAGAAUUGCUUCAACAAUUGCUUUAGUGUAGAGCACUGUCCUAUCUUAUGCUGUACUACUGGUAGUUUUAGUGUUUCUAUUGUGUAGUAAAUAAUUCUGAUGAA